GGAGCUGUGGGAAGGGACGGCCACCUGUUAACAUCCUCUUGUGGUCUUCCCUUUCUCACCGCCCCUUCUUUUUUCCUUUGCACCAUCAUCACGCUGCUUAGUGCAAGCGGCCAGAGAGCAGAGAGCAGAGAGCAGAGAGAGGGUAGGGGAUGGAGGUAGUGGCACUUGUAAUUUCAGUCACGGACUUGGUCUUCUGAGAAAACUCACCAGACCUCUACUCUAUUCGGUUCCGGUUCUCGGCGGCGGCGGCGGCUGCUCGGUUUCUUGAUUUCCAUGGGUUCCCGAGAACAGAAGUUGCCUCUGUCAUUUUUUCCUCCGGAAAUUUGGGGAUGAUGGUGGAAUGAGUGGAGUAACUGAAGAUCUUACAUCUGUUCACCAAGGAAAACGACCUAACCUUUCCAUUGAGAUACCCCCACACUCUAUGAAUUUAGUGAGAAAAAAUAAAUCUCCAACACGUGGUUCUGUUUCCACUAGAGUGAACAAUCUCCCCAUAUGCAGUCCUGCAUCUGCAGGAAUACAGGCUUCACCAUGUCCAUCUUCAUCUAAAGCUAGACCCUCCAUAAAAAAUCUCCUGCCAGGAUUAAGCUUCAAAUUUCGCAGUUCAGCUUCAGAAAUUGAGAAAGAUGAUGUUCAAGGUGUGGAGGCAUCAUUUCGAGGAAGGCGUGAGAAACCUUCUGUCUUGAGGUCAUUUUCUUUUACAAAGAUAUUCAGCCCUACUGUGAGAAGAACAUCAUCCCUGCCAACUGAGCCACCCGGAGUUCUACAUGAUAAUACUUUUCACGGAGCUAAUGCAAAUGAUAGCAUCUCCUUGGCAAAAAAAGAUUUUCAACGGCAUAUAUCUCGUUCACUUUCAGUACCCUUGAAUGCUAAAGGUAUCAAAACAAGGAGUUUUAAAAGGAUGGAUUCUUUAGGCGGUGUACUUCGAGUAAUUCCUUCUACACCACAAUUAGUGGGCACCAGUGCUGCUAUGUCAGAUGUCAUCACUGCUAUAGAUUGUGAGAUUGGUGAUGAUGGUGAGGAUAUACCUGAGGAAGAGGCUGUUUGUCGAAUUUGUAUGAUUGAGUUGUGUGAAGGAAGUGAUACUCUUAAAUUGGAAUGUAACUGCAAAGGUGACCUUGCCCUAGCCCAUCAAGAAUGUGCUAUGAAGUGGUUUAGGAUCAAGGGUAACAGAAAUUGCGAAGUUUGUAAGCAAGAGGUUCAGAACCUACCCGUUACCCUGUUACGGAGACGAAGUGUUGAGACAUCUGCUACACGCAAUGGCAAUACCUCCAAUCAAACAACAGUAUAUAGAUGCAGGGUCUGGCAUGACAUGCCUAUCCUUGUAAUUGUAAGCAUGCUUGCCUACUUUUGCUUCCUCGAACAAAUGUUGGUUGUGGAGAAUGGUACUGCUGCUCUAGCCAUAUCUUUGCCUUUUUCUUGCAUAUUGGGUCUUUUUGCAUCUCUGACUUCAUCCACGUUGGUGAAGAAACGAUGUAUUUGGGUCUAUGCAAUAGUUCAGUUUCUGCUGAUCGUUUUCUUUGCUCAUCUUUUCAACUCAUAUUUUCAUAUGCAGAAAGUCAUAUCGAUCAUCCUUGCCACAUUUGCUGGAUUUGGUGUUGCAAUGAGUAUGAGGUCUAUUGUUGUUGAAUUAUUGAGAUGGAGGAGAAGACGGCUUGUUGGGUCAGAAAACCAUCGUAGGUCGCAAGGGACGCUGCCGACAACUCGACCAGUGACAAGCACCAAUCAUCCACCUCCAACUUCUGAACUAGAUGGAGCUGAUAUUGAAAUUCCAGUCAUGUCUCAGGCGUGAUUGGCAGCAGGGAUUGGGUUUGUAAGAAUUCUUAUUGUAAAUGACCUGAUGGUCAUCUGUUUUUUCAGGGGAAAAAAAAUCAACUGGUUGGACCGCUUUUGCAAAUGCCAUUGUUGGUGUUGGACUGCUGUUUUUAGGAAGUUAAUACCUGGGGCCGUGCCGAUGCCUCAUUCAACUAUAUAUUGUAAGUAUGAUACCAGUAGGAUUGAAUUACUUUGGUUCUUGCAAUCUGUUGUCGGUAUUCUCCAAUAUACCAAACAGUUUUCUAGUA